AUGGAUGACCUCAAGUUAUACGCCAGUAAUAGUGAACAACUUAAAAGCGAACUUGAAAUAGUUAAAAAUUUUAGUAAGACUAUAAAAAUGGAAUUCGGUCUAGAAAAAUGUGCAGUUCUUAAUGUAAAAAAGGGCAAGGUAGACAACAAAGGGGAAACAUUACUAUCCGAUGGAACAACGAUUGAGCAUCUGAAAGAAGAAGAAAGUUAUAAAUAUCUAGGAUUCAAGCAAGCCCUAAAUAUUAAAACAGCAGAAAUGAAAGAUUACCUUAAAGCUAGACUUAAACAAAGACUCAAAGCAAUAUUAAGUACACAGCUUAAUGGAAGGAAUGCCAUAACAGCGAUUAACUGCUGGGUUUUACCCAUUAUAACUGCAUCCUUUGGAGUUCUCAAGUGGUCAAAAACAGAUAUGCAAACACUCGAUCGCCUAAUACGUACCACACUUACUGAUUACCGAAGUCAUCAUCCAAAAUCGUCGACAUCGAGACUAUAUAUAUCUAGAAAUCAAGAGGGUAGAGGUCUACUUAACUUAGAAGACGCGUACGAAGUACAAAUAAAUAAACUAAUGCGGCACUUUAAAAAGCACCAACAUUCCUUGUAUCGGUGUAUAUCUCAAGUUGACAAACACUUUACAGCAUUAAACUUAUCGGAACCAUCUGAAGAAGAUAUCUCAACCAAUGUAAAUAAAAGACAUGUUGACGAAUGGCGAUCUAAAGUAUUGCACGGCAGAUUUCAUGCAACUCUGACAGGAGACCAGGUAGAUCAUAAAAACACCGGAAAAUAUAUGGCGAAGGGAAUACUAGACCGCGAGACAGAAGGGUUUAUUCAUGCUAUCCAGGACCAAGUAAUUCCUACUCGGAACUAUGCUAAACAUAUAUUGAAACAAAACGUAACAUCCGAAUUGUGUCGAGUGUGUAAUAAACAAAUAGAGACAAUACAACAUAUAAGUAGUGGCUGCAGCAGUAUAGCUCCCAGGGAGUAUCUGGACAGACAUAACGACAUAGCAAAACUAAUUCACAGUGAAAUAUGCCACCUGAAAAAACUGAGUUCAUCAACAACCCCUUAUUACAAAUAUACUCCUCAGGCAGUCGUUGAAAAUGACAACUGGAAAAUAUACUGGGACACAUCAAUAAUAACCGACAAAGAAAUAACACACAACAAACCCGACAUACUUCUUAUUGAUAAAAAACAAAAAAUAGCACAACUGAUAGAUAUAGCUGUACCACUUGAUGAUAAUCUGGGAAAAACAUAUGCAGAAAAAAUUAAUAAGUAUCAAGACCUAAGCUACGAAUUAAAACGCGUGUACAAACUGAAGAAAGUUCAAAUAUUACCGCUCAUCAUAUCGUGCAACGGACUCAUUGAAAGAAGAUUCAUGAACAACUUACAAACGCUGAAUCUAAAGAACUCAUUAGCAGGAAUUGCACAAAAGGCAGCUAUUCUGGGCACCUGUCAUAUAAUUAGAAGAUAUUUAGUAAAGGAUUAA